UUUCCACUCUGCAGCCCCCAGAUCCAAUUGUUUACUUUCUAUCACUGAUCGAAUUUGCUUUUCACUUGUCCGUCCGCGUUGGUGUCUUUUCCAUCUCGAGGCGUAGCGGUCGACCCAUGCAUAACGGACUACCACAGCACCAUCGGUGAACUUCGGCUCGCUGUUUUUUAGGAGAGGGGGUCUCUCAGCGCUCGUGACUAUGAGUUCAUAAUGAAGCGGCGACUGGAGGAUCAGGAAACGGUUUUUGCAUCCCAGCAGCGGCGCCUUGCUGGCAACGCGGAGGCUUUCCAGCAUCGUGUCCUGGCCCCGGCUCCGGCCCCGGCUGUGUAUGAGGCGGUGUCUGACAACAUGCAGCCCACAGCAGGUGUCCAGUACUCCGUCCCCCAGGGAUACCAGGUUCCCACCGUUGCCCAGAACAGUGGUGGGCAUGGGCACACCCCGAGCCCAGCCGUCCAUGGGGGGUCCCACCACCACAACAACCCGGCAGUCCAAUCCCAUGGGCCCUCAGUGAUGUCAGGACACGGCCACACAGCUGCUCCUCAGGCCUCAGCACAGGGCCAGCAGCAGUUUCAGAGGCUCAAGGUGGAAGAUGCUUUGUCUUACUUGGACCAAGUGAAACUGCAGUUUGGCAAUCAGCCUCAGGUCUACAACGACUUCUUGGAUAUAAUGAAAGAGUUCAAGUCCCAAAGUAUUGACACUCCAGGGGUCAUCAGUAGAGUAUCACAGCUGUUCAAAGGUCAUCCCGACCUCAUCAUGGGCUUCAACACCUUCCUGCCACCGGGCUACAAGAUCGAGGUCCAGACCAAUGAUUUGGUGAACGUGACGACGCCCGGUCAGAUCCACCACAUCACGCCACAUGGCAUUUCAGUCCAGAACAUCCCGUUAACAGGGGCAGCUACCCAACACCAACCACAGCUCCCGUCUGCGGCGACCACCACCGCCCCGCCCCUUCUAACGCAGCCUACCCCUGCCAAGAUGAGCAAGCCUGUCCAGCCCCAGGCCUUGACACCGAGCAGCCAGAGCAGUCCGUCCAUCCCUGCGUACACCUCUCCCCGCUCCCCGCCCAUGCAGCUCCUCCCACCACUCAGUGGGACCCCCACCGGUCCACCCAUGCAGAACAACCAGCCCGUGGAGUUCAACCACGCCAUCAACUACGUCAACAAGAUCAAGAACCGCUUCCAGGGUCAGCCUGACAUCUACAAAGCCUUCCUGGAGAUCCUCCACACGUACCAGAAGGAGCAGCGUAAUGCAAAGGAGGCCGGAGGCAAUUACACACCGGCUCUGACGGAGCAGGAGGUGUACGCUCAGGUGGCCCGACUCUUCAAGAACCAGGAGGACCUUCUCUCAGAGUUUGGGCAAUUUCUACCUGACGCCAACAGCUCAGUGCUGUUGAAUAAGACCACAGCUGAGAAGGCCGAGUCUGUACGGAACGACCACGGCGGUACCGCCAAAAAGCUGCAGCUCAACAACAAGCAGAGGCCCAAUCAGAACGGCUGCCAGAUUCGUCGGCAUCCAACUCCGGGGGCCACACCACCUGUCAAGAAGAAGCCCAAGUUACUGAAUUUGAAGGAUUCCUCAGCCGGAGAAGCCAGCAAGCACGGAGUCGGCACAGAAUCUCUGUUCUUUGAGAAGGUGCGCAAAGCCUUGCGGAGCGCAGAGGCUUACGACAACUUCCUGCGAUGUCUGGUCAUCUUCAACCAGGAGGUGAUCUCCAGGGCUGAACUGGUGCAGCUAGUGCUGCCCUUUUUAGGAAAAUUCCCCGAGCUGUUCAACUGGUUUAAAAACUUCCUGGGUUAUCGGGAAAUGGCUCACAUCGAGACGUACCCCAAGGAACGGGCCACCGAGGGCAUCGCCAUGGAGAUCGAUUAUGCCUCCUGCAAGAGACUCGGCUCCAGUUACAGAGCUCUGCCCAAAAGCUACCAGCAGCCCAAAUGCACCGGCAGAACUCCACUUUGUAAAGAGGUCUUAAAUGACACCUGGGUGUCCUUCCCCUCCUGGUCUGAGGACUCCACGUUCGUCAGCUCCAAGAAGACUCAGUACGAGGAGCAUAUCUACAGAUGUGAGGAUGAGCGCUUCGAGUUGGACGUAGUACUGGAGACCAACGUGGCCACCAUCAGAGUCCUGGAGACGGUGCAGCGGAAGUUGUCCCGCAUGUCCGCCGAGGAGCAGGCGAAGUUCCGUUUGGACAACACACUGGGCGGGUCCUCGGAGGUGGUGCACCGGAAGGCCAUCCAGAGGAUAUACGGAGACAAGGCACCCGACGUCAUCGACGGCCUGAAGAAAAACCCUGCGGUUUCUGUCCCCAUCGUGUUAAAGAGGUUAAAGACAAAGGAGGAAGAGUGGCGGGAAGCCCAGCGAGGCUUCAACAAGAUAUGGAGGGAUCAGAACGAGAAGUAUUACCUCAAGUCCCUCGACCACCAAGGCAUCAACUUCAAACAAAACGACACCAAAGUGCUUCGAUCCAAGUCCUUGCUGAACGAAAUCGAAAGCAUCUACGAUGAGCGCCAGGAGCAGGCCUCAGAGGAAAACGCCACCCCGCCCACAGGUCCCCAAAUGACGCUGGCCUACGAGGACAGUCAGAUCCUGGAGGACGCAGCGGCGCUCAUCAUCCACCACGUCAAGCGGCAGGCGGGUAUUCAGAAGGAGGACAAAUACAAGAUCAAGCAGAUCAUCUACCACUUCAUCCCCGACAUGCUGUUCUCUCAGCGGGGCGAGCUCUCCGACGUAGAGGAGGAGGAGGAGGAGGAGGAGGAGAUGGACCUGGAGGAGGGGGCGUCCAAAAAGCACAACGGCGUCCCCGGAGUCGCGAGACCCUCCAAGUCCAAGCUGCUGUUCAGCAACACAGCGGCGCAGAAGCUGCGCGGCUGCGACGACGCCUACAACCUCUUCUACGUCAACAACAACUGGUACAUCUUCCUGCGACUGCACCAGACGCUGUGCUCGCGCCUGCUGAGGCUGUACGGGCAGGCGGAGCGUCAGAUCGUGGAGGAGGUCCGAGAACGGGACUGGGAGAAGGAGGUUCUGGAACUCAAAAAGGAGAAGAACGACAACCCGGCGGUCCAGCUGAGACUGAAGGAGCCCAUGGACGUCGAGGUGGAGGAUUACUACUCGGCCUUCUUAGAAAUGGUUAGAAAUCUGCUGGACGGAAACAUGGAGGCUUCUCAGUAUGAGGACUCACUGAGGGAAAUGUUCACCAUCCACGCCUACAUCGCCUUCACCAUGGACAAGCUCAUCCAAAGCAUCGUCCGGCAGCUCCAACACAUCGUGAGUGACGAGAUCUGCAUCCAAGUUACGGACCUCUACCUGGCGGAGAGCGCCGACGGGGCCAGCGGAGGCACCGCGUCCACCCAGUCCUCGAGGAGCUCCGCGGAGGCCAUGUACCAGAGGAAAGCCGAGCAGACCAUGUCUGACGAGAACUGCUUCAAGGUGAUGUUUUUGAGAAACAAGGGGCCGGUGCAGCUCACAGUGGAGCUGCUGGACACGGAGGAGGAGAACUCGGACGAGCCCAUGGAGGCUGAGCGUUGGUCUGAUUACGUCGGACGUUACUUAAACCCAGAUUCCACCACGCCGGAGUUGAGGGAGCACCUCGCUCAGAAGCCAGUUUUUCUUCCCAGGAAUCUGAGACGGAUCAGAAAGUACCAGAAGGGCCGAGAGCAGCUGGACAAGGAGGCCUGCGAGGGCGGCAAGAAAUCCCUGGAAAAAGAGAAAAUGGAGUGCAUGUUCAAGCUCAACUCUUAUAAAAUGGUCUACGUCUUCAAGUCCGAGGAUUACAUGUACCGACGCACCGCCCUGCUGCGAGCUCACCAGUCACACGAGAGGGUGAGCACGCGGCUGCACAAACGCUUCCAGGCCUGGGUGGAGGUGUGGGCCAAGGAGCACGUCACCCGCGACAUGAACGCCGACACCAACAAGUGGCUGAUGGGCGAGGGGCGCGAAGGCUUCCUGCCCUGCACCACCACCCGCCAGCCUGAGAUCGUACACUACGUGAACAUCAACAAGUACCGCGUCAAAUACGGCACGGCCGGCAAGGCGCCGUAGCCUGAGGAGACGCGGGAGAGAGAGACUGAUCCCUGGAAGAGUUUUUGGUCUGAGGUCAAACAGGUCAGGAGUAGAGGUGGGGACGAGGGCCUAGUCAUGUGUUUUUAAGGCGGACACGGGGGCACAAUUAAGCUAGCUGCCGUGUGUGUGUGUUGCACCCGGGGCGGCAGGAUUACUGAUUUUACCAGCGUUUUUAGCUGGGCCCAUUUUUUCCACAGGGCCUUUGGUGCCAAAAGCUUAGGAAUUGUCGUGUUCCGGUCACAGACCUGAGCUCCCACCAGCACUCAGAGCCACGUCUCACAGUAAAGUCGCCCGGGCCUUUUUUUUUUUCGGGGCCGGGGCUGAGCGACACAAGCGGCGAGCCUGAGAGAGACAGACUGGUGCUUUUUGUACUUUAUCACGCCUGAGCUUAAGAGUUUUAGCUUUUGACCGACCGUUUUGGUCCGAAGCCAUCAGAGUGAGAGCGCCCAUCGAAUCCAAUCACACGGGGAUUUCUUUACGAUAGUGUGAUUCUACAGUAUCCACGGAAAGAAAACAAUAUGGUGGACAAGUGCACUUAUUUAGGAAUAGGGAAAUGUUGUUUCAAAUAGUUCUGUUCCCCAGAUGGAAGGUUUUGGAGGAAGCUCAAGGAAGUGUGAGGAGGGAUCUGGUUCAGGCAUUCCUGCGUUACGGCCAAAUCACAAUUAUGUACCUAUCACCAGACGGAAAGAGGUGCACAUCUCCUUUUCCAAAACACACGGCAGCAUUAUUAGAAACUGUGCCUGAGCCCCAAACAGUAUUGUCGGGUCAACAUCCAAAUGCACUGUUGCAAUUAAUGUAAAAAGAAAAGAGAAAGGAAAAAAAACCCAGCCUCACAGCACUGUUUGGUCUCAGACUGUAAAAUUGUAUAGCUUGUGAAUGUCAGAUACUGACAUGUAUUCCAGUGUAUGUGUUGUGUAUAUAUAUUAUAUAUAGUUCUAUUAACACAAUUGAUCCUCGCCGCCCUGGAAGUCAACCUUUUUAAAAAUGCCCUCUGCUAACACACCAGCUUGUACACACACACACAUACACAAACGCAGACACACACACACACACACACUUCUCAUUCUCGGAGGACUGUCCACAUGCCGCUCACAUUGUAAAUACACUGUACAUAGUCUCAGACUUUUUAUGACAAAUCUGUGUUGUUGUGCUAGUAAUACUUUCCAAGGUUACUGUGGACUUUGGUGAUAAAUGGCUAAAGUUAGUAUGUAUAUGAAAAAGACAAAUGCAAGACCAUUUAUUACAGUUUUUACCAAAGGGAGUUGAUUAUAUUAUAGCUGUUCCCCCCCUUUGUGUGUUCCUUUAUGUCUUUUCUUUUUUAAUUUCUGUAGUAAAAAAAUGUGGAAAAGUAGAAAUGUAUCCAGGUCUUUUGGUUUUUAUAUAUGAAAAAUGACUCUCUUUUUUUUUUUCUUUCCUCUUCUGAAUGUGACAUUUGGUUGGUAAAAAUCACUGCCCCCCCUUUUUUUUGACAACUGACACCGUCCGUGGUGAUGGUGAGACUCAUUUCAAAGUUCAGUCUCAACGGACUCGGCAACCGUCUCGCCCUGUGAUGCACGCUUCCCUGCCUGGAUAGAUUUCUGCUGCAAACAUCACCCAACACCAUAUUUUUGAUAAUGGAAGAAGUCACACGAGCAUGUCUUUAGUCCCUUUAUUUAGACAUUUAUUUAAAGUAAUAAUAAAAACGACAUUUGUAGCCUAACGGA